CCGCAGCCUCUCUCGCCCGCUUGCUCGCGCCGCCCGCCCGCGGGGCUGCCAGCCCCCGCCGGGCCGGGGCCAUGCAGGAGAGCCAGACCAAGAGCAUGUUCGUGUCCCGGGCCCUGGAGAAGAUCCUAGCCGACAAGGAGGUGAAGCGGCCCCAGCACUCCCAGCUGCGCAGGGCCUGCCAGGUGGCGCUCGAUGAAAUUAAAGCAGAAAUAGAAAAGCAGAGGCUUGGCGCUGCCGCACCACCAAAGGCAAACUUCAUUGAAGCUGACAAGUAUUUCCUUCCAUUUGAGCUAGCUUGCCAGUCCAAGUCCCCACGGGUGGUCAGCACAUCCCUCGACUGCUUGCAGAAACUCAUCGCAUAUGGGCACAUCACUGGCAACGCCCCUGACAGUGGAGCCCCGGGGAAGCGGCUCAUCGACAGGAUCGUUGAAACCAUAUGCAACUGUUUUCAGGGCCCUCAGACCGAUGAAGGAGUUCAGUUACAAAUAAUUAAGGCUCUUCUGACAGCGGUGACAUCCCCACACAUUGAAAUUCAUGAGGGCACUAUCCUGCAGACAGUCAGGACAUGUUACAAUAUCUAUUUGGCCAGCAAAAAUCUCAUCAAUCAAACCACUGCCAAGGCUACCCUCACUCAGAUGCUGAACGUCAUUUUCACGCGCAUGGAAAACCAAGUGUUGCAGGAGGCCAGAGAAUUGGAAAGACCAAUCCCGUCAAAACCCCAGUCCCCUGUGAUCCAAGCUGCAACAGUGUCCCCAAAGUUCAGUCAUCUGAAGCAGAGCCAGGCACAGAGCAAACCAACGACUCCCGAAAAGACAGAUUUAACCAACGGCGAACAUGCCAGCAGUGGUUCUGGAAAAGCGAGCUCAGAAAAUGGAGAUGCACCCAGAGAAAGAGGCGCAUCACUAUCAGGGACUGAUGACGGGGCCCAGGAGGUGGUGAAGGAGAUCUUAGAAGAUGUGGUCACAUCUGCUGUUAAAGAAGCAGCACAGAAGCACGGCCUGACAGAACCCGAGCAGGUCCUGGGUGAACUGGAGUGCCAGGAAGGUGCAGUUCCCCCAGCAGCUGAUGAAAAUUCCCAGACCAACGGGAUAGCAGACGACAGGCAGUCCUUGUCGUCAGCGGAUAAUCUGGAAUCAGAUGCACAGGGACAUCAAGUGGCUGCUAGGUUCUCUCACAUUCUGCAGAAGGACGCCUUCCUGGUGUUUCGCUCCCUUUGCAAGCUGUCCAUGAAACCCCUUGCUGAAGGCCCCCCAGAUCCAAAAUCCCACGAGCUGCGCUCCAAAGUGGUUUCCCUGCAGCUGCUCCUGUCCGUCCUGCAGAACGCUGGCCCGGUCUUCAGGACUCAUGAGAUGUUCAUCAACGCAAUCAAGCAGUAUCUUUGCGUGGCAUUGUCCAAAAAUGGCGUCUCUUCAGUGCCCGAUGUCUUUGAACUCUCUCUUGCCAUUUUUCUUACUCUUCUUUCAAACUUCAAAAUGCACUUGAAAAUGCAAAUAGAGGUCUUUUUCAAAGAGAUUUUCCUGAACAUUUUAGAAACAUCAACAAGUUCUUUUGAGCACAGGUGGAUGGUCAUUCAGACUCUGACAAGGAUCUGUGCAGACGCCCAGUGUGUUGUAGAUAUUUAUGUCAACUACGACUGUGAUUUAAAUGCUGCUAACAUUUUUGAGCGCCUUGUGAAUGAUUUAUCCAAAAUCGCUCAGGGAAGAAGUGGACACGAGCUAGGAAUGACUCCUCUGCAGGAGCUCAGUCUGAGGAAGAAAGGUUUGGAGUGCCUCGUGUCCAUUCUCAAGUGCAUGGUGGAAUGGAGCAAAGACCUGUAUGUGAAUCCCAACCACCAGACCAGCCUCGGUCAGGAGAGGCCCACAGAUCAGGAAUUGGGGGACGGGAAAGGCCUUGACAUGGCAAGGCGGAGCAGUGUGACGUCCAUGGAGUCCACAGUGUCCUCGGGGACCCAGAUGGCUGUCCAGGAUGAUCCGGAGCAGUUUGAGGUCAUCAAACAACAAAAGGAGAUUAUCGAACAUGGCAUCGAGCUUUUCAACAAGAAACCCAAGAGAGGCAUCCAGUUUCUCCAGGAGCAAGGCAUGCUGGGAACAUCAGUUGAAGACAUUGCCCAAUUCCUGCAUCAGGAGGAGCGCCUUGAUUCUACCCAAGUAGGUGAUUUUCUGGGAGACAGCACAAGGUUCAACAAGGAAGUGAUGUAUGCCUAUGUGGAUCAACUUGACUUCUGUGAAAAGGAAUUUGUCUCAGCCCUGCGGACGUUUCUAGAAGGUUUCCGCCUACCUGGGGAAGCCCAGAAGAUUGAUCGAUUAAUGGAGAAAUUUGCUGCGAGAUACAUAGAAUGCAACCAGGGGCAAACCCUGUUUGCUAGCGCUGACACUGCAUAUGUCCUAGCGUACUCAAUUAUCAUGCUAACCACCGACUUGCACAGCCCUCAGGUAAAAAAUAAAAUGACAAAAGAACAAUACAUUAAAAUGAAUCGGGGUAUCAACGAUAGUAAAGAUCUCCCGGAAGAAUAUCUCUCGAGCAUCUAUGAAGAAAUAGAAGGCAAGAAAAUUGCCAUGAAAGAAACAAAGGAGCAUACGAUCGCAACCAAAUCUGCUAAGCAGAGCGUAGCUAGUGAAAAACAGAGACGGCUGCUGUACAACCUGGAGAUGGAGCAGAUGGCCAGAACGGCCAAAGCGCUGAUGGAGGCCGUGAGCCACGCCAAGGCCCCGUUCACCAGCGCCACUCACUUGGACCAUGUCCGCCCGAUGUUCAAACUGGUGUGGACGCCGCUGUUGGCAGCCUACAGCAUCGGACUGCAGAACUGUGACGAUACGGAGGUGGCCUCCCUGUGUUUGGAGGGCAUCCGAUGCGCAAUCCGGAUUGCCUGCAUCUUUGGAAUGCAGCUGGAACGAGAUGCUUAUGUUCAGGCUCUUGCUCGCUUCUCCCUGCUGACGGCCAGCUCCAGCAUCACAGAAAUGAAGCAGAAAAACAUCGACACCAUAAAGACGCUCAUAACAGUGGCGCACACCGAUGGCAACUACCUUGGGAACUCCUGGCACGAGAUCUUGAAGUGCAUCAGCCAGCUGGAGCUCGCUCAGCUGAUAGGAACCGGGGUGAAAACGCGCUACCUGUCUGGAUCUGGGCGUGAAAGAGAAGGGAGCCUGAAGGGCCACACAUUGGCGGGAGAAGAGUUCAUGGGCCUUGGUCUUGGUAAUUUGGUGAGUGGUGGAGUGGAUAAAAGACAGAUGGCCAGCUUCCAGGAAUCAGUUGGUGAGACCAGCUCGCAGAGUGUGGUUGUAGCUGUAGACAGAAUUUUUACUGGAUCUACCAGACUGGAUGGAAAUGCCAUAGUUGACUUUGUCCGCUGGCUGUGCGCCGUGUCCAUGGACGAGCUGGCUUCUCCGCACCACCCCCGCAUGUUCAGCUUGCAGAAGAUUGUGGAGAUAUCGUACUACAACAUGAACCGGAUCCGGCUGCAGUGGUCCCGGAUAUGGCAUGUGAUUGGAGAUCACUUCAACAAGGUUGGCUGUAACCCCAACGAAGACGUGGCGAUCUUCGCUGUUGACUCCUUAAGGCAACUCUCUAUGAAGUUUCUUGAGAAGGGAGAAUUAGCCAACUUCCGCUUCCAGAAAGAUUUUCUGAGGCCCUUUGAGCAUAUCAUGAAGAAAAACAGGUCUCCGACCAUCCGGGACAUGGUGAUCCGCUGUGUUGCGCAGAUGGUGAACUCCCAAGCAGCCAACAUCCGCUCGGGCUGGAAGAACAUCUUCGCUGUGUUCCACCAGGCAGCCUCAGAUCACGACGGGAACAUUGUGGAGCUGGCCUUCCAGACCACGGGCCACAUCGUCACAACUAUCUUCCAGCACCAUUUCCCUGCAGCCAUCGAUUCCUUUCAGGACGCUGUGAAGUGCUUGUCAGAGUUCGCCUGCAACGCGGCCUUCCCCGACACGAGCAUGGAGGCCAUCCGGCUCAUCCGCUUCUGCGGGAAAUACGUCUCCGAGAGGCCUCGGGUGCUACAAGAAUACACCAGCGAUGACAUGAAUGUGGCUCCUGGCGACAGGGUCUGGGUCCGAGGCUGGUUCCCCAUCCUGUUUGAGCUCUCCUGCAUCAUUAACAGAUGCAAGCUAGAUGUUCGGACAAGAGGACUCACGGUCAUGUUUGAGAUCAUGAAGAGCUACGGUCACACCUUUGAAAAGCACUGGUGGCAGGACCUGUUCAGAAUCGUGUUCAGGAUUUUUGACAAUAUGAAACUCCCUGAGCAGCAGUCGGAGAAAUCUGAGUGGAUGACGACAACUUGCAAUCACGCCCUCUAUGCCAUCUGUGACGUGUUCACCCAGUUUUAUGAAGCUCUGAAUGAAGUACUUCUUUCUGAUGUGUUUGCACAGUUGCAGUGGUGUGUGAAACAAGAUAAUGAGCAGUUGGCUCGGUCAGGUACCAAUUGCUUAGAAAACUUAGUCAUAUCCAAUGGGGAGAAAUUCAGCCCAGAAGUCUGGGAUGAGACGUGCAUCUGCAUGCUGGAUAUCUUCAAAACCACCAUCCCACACGUCUUGCUGACCUGGAGACCUGCAGGAAUGGAGGAAGAUUCGUCAGAAAAACAUUUGGAUAUGGAUCUGGACCGCCAGUCUCUAAGCAGCAUAGAUAAAAACGCCUCUGAGAGAGGCCAGAGCCAACUCUCUAACCCGACCGAUGACAGCUGGAAAGGUAGACCUUAUGCAAAUCAGAAACUGUUUGCCAGCCUCCUCAUCAAGUGUGUGGUCCAGCUGGAAUUGAUACAGACCAUCGACAACAUCGUGUUCUACCCCGCAACGAGCAAGAAGGAGGAUGCAGAGCACAUGGUUGCUGCCCAGCAAGACACACUGGACGCAGAGAUCCACAUAGAAACAGAGGAUCAGGGCAUGUACAAAUGCAUGUCUUCCCAGCACCUCUUCAAGCUGCUGGACUGCCUGCAGGAGUCCCACUCAUUCUCAAAGGCCUUCAACUCCAAUUACGAGCAACGCACUGUCCUGUGGAGAGCAGGUUUUAAGGGCAAAUCUAAACCUAAUCUUCUGAAGCAAGAAACCAGCAGCCUGGCCUGUUGUCUGAGGAUCCUGUUUCGGAUGUAUGUCGACGAGAACCGCAGGGAUUCCUGGGAGGAAAUACAGCAGCGACUUUUAACCGUGUGCAGUGAGGCCCUUGCCUACUUCAUCACCGUGAAUUCUGAGAGCCAUCGGGAGGCCUGGACAAGUCUUCUGUUGUUACUUCUAACAAAAACCCUCAAAAUAAACGAUGAAAAGUUUAAAGCACACGCUUCUAUGUACUACCCCUACUUGUGUGAAAUUAUGCAGUUUGACCUGAUUCCUGAGCUCCGAGCAGUUCUGCGCAAGUUCUUCCUGCGGAUAGGUGUUGUCUAUAAGAUAUGGAUUCCAGAAGAGCCAUCCCAGCUCGUGGAGGGUCAGAUCAUAGAAACGGAGUCGGCAUCUGGGAGCUCAGAAUGGCCUGGAGGAGACUGACCUCGACGCGGGUCCCAUCAGUCCCUGGCUGAGACGUGCUGUUCCAUUAAAGUGUUGCAUACCCAGUUGACACAGUAGGUGGGGAAUCUGUUUCAUCUCAUCAUUCCAUCUUCCUGGCUAGACUGUUAAGCCUGUCGCCGCACAUGCACCAUUUCCUAGCAGAGUCCCGUGAUCGGCUGUAUGUGUUCUGUCGGAGGAGGUUGCGCUCCUUGAAAAUACUGAACGUAGCUGUAGAGGUUCGUGAUUAUUAGAGAGUACGUUAAUAAAAUUUCUUGUAACGGCUAAACGCCGCCUAAAAUAUGCUGGAUUUUUUGUCGUCGUUUGAGUGUGUUGGAGAAUUUUGAAUGUUUUUGUCAGUUGUGAGUCAGCUGUAGUUAGAUUAGUUUGGAGAAAGUCGGGGAGAAGGGUUGUUUUUGUUUUGUUAACGUCUGAGUGAUUUUUAAAGUACUUUAUGAAAAGCUAUUAUUGAAGAUCUCACUGAAAGCAGAGUUUAGUAAUUAAGUUAGAAUUAAAAGCUUGCAAGGUUAAAAAAUUUAAAAAGGUAGUGCCUCCUGGCCCUCCAUGUUUUAGUAACCUGGGGAGAAAAAGUCUGUAGGAAAAAGUAAAAAACGUAAUGAAGACAAGUAGCCUUCCUUGGAAGUAAGUAUUUGUGGAUGGGUAUGAAAAUUUCCGAAAUAGAUUGUCCAUCUCACACCCUCUCAUCUAAUAUAUGAAGUGGUAACAAAAAUGAAGUAAUUUAACAGAGUUAAUUUAUAUUUGAGUAAACCUUUUAUUUUUACCUCAGAAUAGUGAGUUUAGCGUCCCUGCUUUUGCACAGUCCCCAUUCAGGGGCCUCCAGAGAGGGAUGGCGGCUGUGUGGGAGAGGGGCCACCUGCGAAACUCCCCAGCCACAUGGCAUGAGUCCUUGACCCAGAGUCAGCCUGUGCUGUGGUGGGGCCAGCUCGGCUGAACCGUGACCGUGGCGGGAGAUGGCCUGUGCCCAGGUGCCAGAACUCGAGCCUCGGAACUGCAUUCUUUGGAAGGGUUGGCUUCUGGGAGCCCUUACUGUGUUAACAAAGGUGCAGUAGUCUUAACUGGAGUUAGGACCGAAUCCUGAUGCAGCAGCUUCUGUAAAAGAUUCCGUGAGUGGGGCCUGACGCCUGCAGGCGGUCUGGUCAGAAGCUGGAUUUAUUUACUCUGGGUGGUUGAGGAAGAGCACAUGAACUUGACCCUGCCCCCUCACCCAGGGCUCCCGAGAGCCACGCUCCCGCUCCCCGUGGAAGCAGUGUUACACGGAGUCAUAACACACCCAGACUCCGCCUGUGCCCUUCAGUCCUGGAAACUGGGUUAUAUUGAUGUCAACUCUGGUGCCUUAGAAGUUAGCAAGUUGGGAACCUAUCUAAAAUCAGAUAUUUUUUUUCUUCAUAGAGAAGGAUUUCUGGUGCUUUUGUUUCCUAAGAAACUGAGUUCUUAAAUUUGUUUGUGUUUUACAGCCUUGAGGAAUGUUUGGUUUGGGCUGGCAGUACUCUUUUUUUUUUUCUUUCCCCCAAAGUAUUUUAAUUUCUCUACCAAAGAAAAAAAAGAGCAGGUUUAGGUUUUUAUGUUACUUACAUACAUUGGAGAAGAGGAGCUAUAUAAUUUGAGAGGAAAGGACCGUGGGAGAAUUUUACUGUGAAUGGAAAACGUCAGCACCUUUGACUUACCUUGUCCUGGAAUGCGUUACGUCCUUAUGCUGCAGCCGAGACUCCCUCCCUGGUACUGUGGUCGGUCACAGCCUCUAUACGUCCGGGCUCUCCAUCCACAUCUGUCCUGAUGGCAUGCACAGGAACGUGCCACUGUGUCCCCACCUGGAGACUUCCGCUUUCCUUCUGAGGUUCUCACGUGCCGUUGUCUUCAACGGUGACCCCGCCGCCGGAGUCUUCCUGCCUUCUCUUUCAUUCUUGCCACCUCUUGCAGAGCGGGAAGUGUGUGAGCUCAUUUUGUUCCAGGCCCAAACGUUCAGCUUUGAAUUUUUUUUUUAACUCUGUCUUUUAAAACAUUGGAUUUUCUGAAUGAGGCAUUUGAAUCAUACCAGCAUGGAGCCUUUUAAAAACCGGGAUGUCAAACCAUUUGGGGUAAUUUUUCUUGCCAGUGGCCCGUGAAGUACAGAGGAAUUCCUUACCUCUACUAAUAAGCCAUUCAGCCUAAAUUCUACUUUGUGAAUAAAUCUGUUCUAUCUCCUGGUAAAUGUGGCUUGUGCCACUGAAACACUAGUGAGGAGAGUGUGUGUGACGGCACCCUGGGGCCAGGACACCAUUCACUAGCAAAGUUAGAGAAGAUGAAGCAUUUCCAAGGCCUUAUUUCUUUGUCAGGAUACUUUAAGUGUUGAUUCUAUGUGCUGGGUCUCUAGAGAAGUUUUUGUUACAACACUGCUACUUUGAGCAAUUUUGUUUUUCUGCGCUGUCUUUUAGGGAAAUCACCAGCUCUGGCAUCUUAACAACAAACGUGGAUGGGAAAUGUGAUUGCUAAUAUGCAUCUUUAGAGUCAAAUACACCUUUUUCCUGUUACUCCUCACGUACAACCAAAGAACUACAUUAUGGAAAUUGUAUCAUAAUAUCUGGAAACAAACAUUUUCCUCUGACAGGUGACUUUUGUACAAAAUGCCAAAAAAAAAAAAAAAACCCACAAAAAACCCUAGACCUUUUUGUUGUACUUUUGCAAUUACGGCUCUCCAUUACAUAGUCUUUAUAGUUACUGAAGGAACCUGCUAACGGAGGCAAGUACGACUGUCCCAUUCAGAUGUUUGUUGUUACGAUGCAAAUGGAUAUGGGCUGAGACAGAAGCAAGAUCCUUACUACUGCAUUCUCUGAGUUCUCUUUUAACAUUUGUGUUAAAGCAGACGUAGCUUGAACUCAUGUGAAAUCUUGGAGUUUUGCUAUCAGCAGCUUUGCAGUUGGAGAAACAAAGAAACCAAAGCUGAAUAUUUAAAAGAAUGAGUCUAUCUGGAAAUCCUUGCUCUCAAAAAAAAAAAAAAGACACUCAUCAAAGGUGUAGUUUUUCUCAGUGUUCUAAUUUUUUAAAAAUUUUAUCUUCAUAUUUGCAUCAAAUAUUUCUUUAUGUGCAAAAUGUAUGUUUUACCUCCUUAAAAUGCCUAAAAGUUAGUUAAUAGCUACUUUUGUUUAAUCUAUACACGAUGAUUAAGUGCAUUUAAUAUUGGUAAUUUAAUGAAAAGCAUUCCUUGCCCAAUGGAUGUAUACAUUUUUGAAAGAAUAAGCCGAAUUAUAUAAUAUGAAAUGCUAUGUAAAGUUUUCUAUGUAAAAAUAUUAUGUAUAAUACUGUUAAAAUCCCAUGCUUUAAUCAGGUGGUAAAUCAAUAAAGUUUUAAAAGGAAA